UGACUGUCUAAGACUGGGACACAGAGUCCAGUUUCUUUGUAUCCUCCUACCCAGGUCCCUGCAUUAGUCUCAGCUGCAAAUCCCCACCUGGAACAUUAGUCUGGGAACACCGCCUUCCUAUUCAGCACAGGUGAGUCUGGAGUCACCUAGCAUUUGUGCUUUGCAUUCAGCUUGGACCUACCAAGGGGCUUUUCAACAGCUCCUAAUUUCACCUUUUGGAAACUGAGGAUGUAGGGCUCAGGAAACCAGAAAAUGUUAGGUCCGAGGGAAAGAAAAGAGCAAGCUGAGCAACACACAGAGCUCUGUGUAUUCAGAGGCAAGUUGGCAGGGUUGUGCUGGAACAGAGAAACUCCAAGUGGUACAAAGAGACGUGCCCAGAGUGGAGAAAUCAUGCUAAUUGUCUGCACCAGAGCCCAAGAACUCGACCCAAAAUGAAGAGAGAAAGGGGAGCCCUGGUCAGAGGCUCCAGCGCCCCACGCCUCACUCCUUUGGUCUGCCUCCUCCUGAUCCAGACAGGCUCGCUGGAAGGAGUGAACAUCACAAGCCCAGUGCGUCUGAUCCAUGGCACUGUAGGGAAGUCGGCUCUGUUCUCUGUGCAGUACAGUAGCACCAGCAGUGACAAACCAGUAGUUAAGUGGCAGCUGAAGAGGGACAAGCCAGUGACAGUGGUACAAUCCAUUGGCAUUGAGGUUAUUGGCACUCUGAGGCCUGACUACCGUGACCGAAUCAGGCUUUUUGAGAAUGGCUCCCUUCUCCUCAGUGAUCUUCAGACAUCUGAUGAGGGCACCUAUGAGGUAGAGAUUUCUAUUACUGAUGAUACUUUCACUGGAGAAAAGACCAUCAACCUCACUGUGGAUGUUCCCAUCUCAAAACCACAGGUAGUUGUGGCUUCAUCCACUGUACUGGAGCUCAGUGAGUCCUUCACACUGAACUGUUCCCAUGAAAAUGGUACCAAAGCCAACUAUACUUGGCUGAAGGAUGGCAAACCACUCAGCAAUGACUCAAGGAUGCUCCUAUCCCCCGACCAAAAGGUGCUCACCAUUACACGAGUGCUUAUGGCCGAUGAUGACAUCUAUAGCUGCUUGGUGGAGAACCCCAUUAGCCAAGGCCGAAGUGUCCCCAUCAAGCUUACUGUGUAUCGGAGAAGCUCCCUCUACAUUAUCCUGACCACAGGAGGCAUAUUUCUCCUUGUGACUUUGGUGACAGUCUGUGCAUGUUGGAAACCCUCUAAAAAGUCUGGAAAGAAGCGGAAGCUGGAAAAGCAGGGCUCUUUAGAGUACGAAGAUCAAAAUGAUGACCACCUGAAACCUGAAGUAGAGACCCUCCCUCGAAGUGGAGAGCACGAGCGGAAGAAUCCAGUGGCCCUCUACAUCUUGAAGGACAAGGAUCCACCAGAAGGGGAGGAGAGCGCUGCCCCCGAACCUCGGAGCACCACUGAGCCGGGCCUGCCGGGUUAUGCAAUCUCUUCCACUGCCCCAGGCCGCUCCCCCGGAUUGCCAAUCCGUUCGGCCCGCCGCUAUCCCCGCUCUCCCGCCCGUUCUCCAGCCACCAGCCGAACGCACACCUCCCCCAGCCGGUCCCCGAGCUCUCCAGGUCGCUCCCGCAGCUCCACACGCACCCUCCGGACUGCGGGCGUGCACAUGAUCCGGGAGCAAGAGGAGGCUGGCACGGUGGAGAUCAGCGCCUGAGCCCUCCCAGGGCCCUGCCUCCACCUGAUGGGACUUUAGUCUCCCGCUUGGGGGCGAGGCCAGGCUAGCCUGGCAGAGGGCAGAGAGUGUCCAAGGGAAAGUCACUUGUGUUUGUGAGCCCGAGCGUGUGCGAGGUGUGAGGGAAUGUGAAUGACCGAGAGCCUGUGCGAACGUGUGGCUGCGUGUGUUGGUGCUCCCCGCGUAACGGCUGGUUCCCGGUUGGCUGCAGCAGGUGGGUGUGGAUUGUGUCCUCUUAGGACCCGCCUAUAGAUUAUUAAAUUCGAGGCCUACCCCUACAGGAACCUUAUGAAAACUAACAAUAGUAAUCCUAACAGUCUGGACCGGUCUGUGCCCCUCCUGGAGGACUCCCAGGUUUUACCCCUUACCUCUUCUUUCAUAUUCCGCGCUUGCCCACCUCCGGGAUCUGCUGCUUCACUUUUUGUUUUGUUUUGUUUUGUUUUUAACUAAGUAGGACAUUGAAACACAAGACAGAUUGAGUUACCCAACAUCACAAAAGGAUUUAGGAACAGAGAAAAUGACAAGAGCUUUGGUCAAGACAAGAACUAUGUGUCCAGCCCAUGAGGAGCUGCUCACAUCAUGGCAGAAAUCAAGAGACUUUUAUAUCAACUCAUACCACUUAUAUCAGCCCAUCCCCUUCCCCAGAAAAAUGGGUAUCAUAUGGAUGUUUCCCUUCUGGGAUGUUGUAGUGCAAGCUGCUGGUUCUGCAUAGGGGAAGACAUGUCCCUGAAGAGAAACUAGAACUGCAGGUUCUGCUUUAGGGUGGAGAGAAUUACUUUUCCAAGUGCCUCAUAAUGGGGGACCUUGGGCCAGCUUCAUCCAUUUAAGCAGGGGUUUCCUCAUUUGCAUGUAAACCUGUUCUCAAGUUUGAAUUAGAUUAUCUCUAAGACCUCUAAAUUCUGACAACCUAUCAGACUGAAUCUAUGGUAGGUGAACAGGGGAAGCCAAUUAGCACUUGUUUGACUCCUAUUCACCAAGUAUGCAGCCUUCUUGGAAACUACAACUUUCUGACCUAAGUCCUGCAAAGUUCAAAGGGCUCAAAUCCUUGGUGUCCGAGAAAGGUGUGUCUUAUUAUCAGUCCUCUCCCAAUAGGCCCUUUCUUUACUUCCUUAGCCUAACACACAGGGCAGUCCUUUCUGUGUCCUUGUUGAAGAAGACACCAUGCCUGAGAAGAAAGGAUCAGGACUUUUAUUUUUGGGAAGCAAAGAUCCUCUGCCACUCCCUAAGAAAUUUCCAUUCCUCUUCCCACUCUAACUUCCAUAUAUUCCCUCCCUCAAACAAAACUUGCAAACACAAUCAGAAUCCCUGGGAAAGAAACUGGAGGCCCCUAUUGGACAGAUCUUGCUAAUGCUUUUUCUCAUAUUUGAGUAGGAGGAAAUAAAGGUUCCAAUCUUUGGAGUGGAUUCCCAAUGACUAAAACUCCUAGAGGUUGGGCAGAUCAUGUUCUGACUCUCGGCCCCCUGCCUCUCAAUCUCCUUCUCUCAGACACUUAGGUCCUUGGGAAGUAGGACAUGGGUAUCUUUCCUAAUUGAACUAACAAUUCGAUAGUGAGGGACUAGCCUAGUCCCUCAUGUAGUCUUCCUUGUUUUUCUGCCACCUACUGUCCAUAGAGAGGCAAUAAUCUACUUUAUGUGGAGAGAAUGCAAUUAAAAAGCUGAAAGUGAGGGAGGCCCCCUCAAGGGAGCCAGGCUCUGUGCACUCUGUCCUCCCCUAUGCUUCUAGGGUUUGGAACACUCCCCUUGUGUCUUACCUGUGGUGGUCAACUGUGGAGAAUGCAACCUUGCUAAUAGGCAAACUACCUCCCAGAUCACUGGCUUCUUCUCCAGGGACUGAAUCAAACAACUUAAGCCCUUUGGCCCUAGACAAAUUGUUUUUGUUUUUUGUUUUUACUGCUUUUAAAACUGAUCCUAACCCCAGUUUUAGGUACCAAGAUUCAUAGAUCUUGGCUUCUUGGAUUCAGAAAUCCCCUUUACCCCAAACGUUAUAAUCCUGAGAUGUUCUGGGUAUAGACCAAAGCAUUCCCAUCAUGUAAAAAAAAAAAAAAUCAGUGUAAUUACACCAGACACGGGUUAUACCUGAAAUUCUAAUAAUGAUUUUUGUCUUGAUAGCCCCUAAGUUCAGUCACAUACUUUGGAGCUGGAGACCUAUCAUAGUCUGCUAUAGCCCUUGCCCCUCCUUUUCUAUCACUAACCUAAGCAACUUCCUCAAGUUUGUUGCUUCUCAAGUCCUGCUUAAAACCCUGUGCCAUGCUCACUACUGAGCUAGUCCAGAGGGUAUUUGUGCCAAAGUCUUUGGACAGUAAUAGCAGUAGAAUCUUGUCCUAUACUUGUCUUAAAUGUCACUUUCACAGACUUAUUCCUCUCUCUUCUGAUUCCUUGCUCCUCAUAACACAUUUAAAGAGGGUUAACCCUUGAUGUGGCUUCUAAGAACUUAUUCAACUGUCCACUCAUUCCAGCAAACUAUACUUUCUCCUCCCACUCUUCCCACUUCUGCUAACCCUAACCUAAUUAUGCUUCAGGCAGGUAGUAGUAUAGGCUAGGGGAAAGAGAUCAAGAAGGUUUUUGACAAUUUUAAUUCCACUCACCUACUUUUGGAGGCAGGAGGGAAGUAAACUUAAAAAUCCCUAUCCUACCAUCCUCUAAGUUUCCCCUUUUCUUUUCUUUCCUUUUCCCUUAGGCAGUUGUGAUAUAAUGGAAAGAAACUGCAUUUGAAAUGCCCCUAGCGUUGCCACAUACCAUCUAUGUGACCUUGAGCAAGUAAUUCAACUUUUUUUUGAGCCUUAAUUUCCUCAUAUGCUUUUAAAAAAUGAGAAUGACAAUACUUGUGUAGUGCAAGUAUAACACUUCUCUCUCAGAGUGAGCUCAGUCACUCAAUCUGAAUUCAUAAAGAAGGUUGGAGGGUUCAGAGAUAGGAUGGCCACUGUUUUAACCUUAGGUGGAAGUCUAUUACCUCUUAAUUAGAAAUAUUUAUUAAGCAGAAAGGUAAAAAAAAGAAUAACUUACCAUUCUAUUCCUCAGUCAGUGACAGAUUUUCCCACUAUGCAAAAUAUCCAUGAGAAUAGAAUGGGCACAAAAUUACAGAACUGUAGCAGGUAAAUAUAUAGAAAACAUAUGAUGGGGCAGCUGACAAGUUUAUACUGUGGACUCAUUGUCCUUUGUUUUCCUCAGGAACAGUCUAUACAAUUCAUUGCCCAGUAGGGCUGCUUCUUUGCUAGCUGCUCUACUUGAGCAGCUCCUCUUUCUGAGCUACCAAGAUAAUAUUAUAUAAUUUCAGCAAAAGCAGAAACCCUAAGCUUGGGAUCUGCAUAGUUUUUCCAAUCCUGCUUCCUUAUCUGGGCUCUGAGAGAUUUCUAUCUUUUAGGCAGUAGGUGGCAAAUCAGGGAACCAUAAAAGCCUUUUCCAUUCUCGAGCUGAUUUUACCAAGCACCAGGUAUCAGUACAAACUCUGGGGUCUCUUCUUAGACUUGACCAGAGGUCUUUCCUGAGCUCUGACUUUCAUGAAGGCUCAACUCAAGUGAUCUGAAACAAGGUCUCUUCAAUGAGGCGACUCACCUUUAAUUCAUGGGAGUAAAUGAGAGUUUAUAUUUCUACCAUCUCUAUAACUAAGCAAUAUAUAUUUGUCCCAUAGUCACCAAGCAGUUCUAGGAAUCAGAGUUUUCUAAUAAGUUCCAAAUCCUCACAUCUGUCAUAUAUAAAUUAAAUGCUAAGAAACAAGGCACUUUGGCCAUAUUUAACAUAAAAAAUUGUCUUUUCCAAGUGCAAGAUACCUUUUUUUUCCACUUUCUUUCACAACUAUCCUUGUCUAUAUCAUUUGUUCACAUCUGAAAGGGAUACUCCUUUCCAUUUUCAUUACCUACCUCACAGGGAUAUUGUAAAGAUCAAAUGAUAACAAAUGAGAUAACAUGUACAGAGUUUUAUAACUGUAGAGUGUAUAUGGGUAUAUGCUAUUAUUCUCUUUUCAUUUCCUGCCCUCUCUUUUGCCCUUUCCUCCAAACCCAUAAUUAUUGCCAUGCAUGGUCUGGAUUGGGAGAAUUCAGGGGCACUGAGGGAGCUGAGAAGAAAAUCAUUGCUAUUUUCCUUUAUGUCCCUUCAUCCUCUCCCCGCCAACUUUGGCCCUUACUUCAAGUUGUGCCCCACCUAUCAGAAAAGUCUAGUCUUCAGAAACAUCAUCCUUAGAAACCCUGUCCAAUGAUCUGGUAUCUUGGAAAUUUGCUUAGCCCUUUGAGCAAAAGCCAUCUCUCUCUUUUUCAUUGAUAACCCAGUCUUUUGCUGUUGUUGGCUGACACUCAGAAGAUUGACAAACAUGAAAAGAAGAAAUUGAGUUGGAAGGCCCUCCAGUCAAGGAAGGAAGAUCUGGUGACAACUAUUUGUUCCUACCAGAGUGAAAUUCUUAUGUUGUUUGUGAGAUGGAGUGUGAGGGACAGAUAUCUGGUAACUUCAAUGAAUCUCUCUUCCUGCUUAGCUCUCAGAAUGACCUAAGUCUUCUAUCCUUUACUUGCUUACACUGAUCAAAAAGAUACCUUCAAAUGUACCUAGUUAAGGUGAUCAUUCCUCAAGAAGACAAGAUGAUUUAGGGAAAAGUGUUAAAUUUUGGGGGAAAGAAGUCCUGUAUUCAAAUUCUAGUACUGCUAUUUAGCAGUUUUAGCAAGUGAUCUUUAGUAAGUUAAUUAACUUUUCUAUAAUUUUUUCUUUCUCUUCAAAAUAAAGGCAAAGGGGAGAAAAUAAGCACUUAUUAAAUGCCUCUUGUGUGUCUGGCACCAUGCUAAGCACUUUAAAAAUAUUAUCUUAUUUGAGCAACUAUCCUUUAAGUUAGAUGGCUGUUAUCAUUUUCACUUUACAAUUAAGGAAACUGAGGUAGACAGAAGGAAGUUACUUGCAAAGAGGCACAUAACUAAUAUCUGAGGCUAGAUUUGAAUUCAAGUCUUCCCAGCUCUAAGCCUAAUACUGCUGAUAGAUAAUUUCUAGCUAUAAAUAUGCAAAUCCUAUAGAAACAACAUCUGGUGAAUUUUCAGUUAAAGAUUCUGGUCUCAGCCUUAUCUUCCAUAGUGCAAAUGAUUAAAAAGGAGCACAGGAAAAUCAAUCUGCAGCAGUGGGAAUUGGGAUAGAACCUACAUACUGGGUCAAAUUUUUGAUCAUUGCACAUCCUUGAUAUUCUGUAAUUCAGGACAAAUCUUUAUCUCUAGUUAGGUAAUAUAAGUCCAAAGCUAAAUAGUUCCUCAAGUAAUACCAUCACCAUGAGUCAUACAGUUGGUCCUUCCUCCAUUUGUGCAAAAUGAGGCCCUAGGGGUUGCUGGAAGUGAACACAACUGUGCCUGGGAUUUAGCCAGAUGAAUAUCACUGUUGUAAAUCAACCUUCCUGACACAAGUUCCAACCAUUUUGCCAGACCUGAAAUGGUUAGAGUAGGGGAUCCUGGAGCAGGUGUCCUAAUAUCCAAAGGAGAAGAAAUUUGAUAGAUGUCCUAUACUCUGACUUAAUGCGAAAGACAGGUCAAUCCUGUGACCUUGGAUUCCCCAAACCUAGGAAGGGGAACAAGCUAUGCUGAGGAAAUUUCUUUAAAGAUAAUGUCUUUUUUAGAGGAUGGAAUCCUUUCUUAAAGCUGAAAUUACCUUUUAGAUCUCUACUAUUCUCCCAUCCUGCCCAACUUAGGAAAAAGUUGAUCUGAGAUCUGAAACCCCAGAAUACUUGCCCUUAUCUCAUCUUCACUGAGGUGUCUGCUUCCCAGAAUAUAAAGGAUAUUAGGACAGGUUUCUAAAUGCCUGAAUAUCAUCAAAUCAAUAAUAAGUGAGACUCACUAUGUAACAAAGGGCAAAUUUCUCAAUGUCCAAGACAGCUCUUUAAGACCUUUAGUUGAAAAGCAGAUGUUGAUCUGCUUUGGUAUUUGGAGUUCUUCACUGAGACUUUCCAUUACCAAUGCUAUCACCGGUCUGUUUAAAAAAAAAUAAUUAAAGAAAUAAAGUGAAACUUAUAUGAACUCUUCUCCUAAGCCCCUCCUUACUUUAUAAUGUGAUAGCAAAAUAGAUUAGUUCAGGAGGUGGCAGCAACAAAAUUGACAGGGGAUGGGCAAUGGAGUAUUCAGCAAAAUUAGCAAAAUAUUUGAAAGAUUCCAAAACACUUUGGAACAUCUAUGUAUCUCUUUUAGUGACAAUGCAACCAAUUCAGCUAUCUUUAUGUAUUUCUCAUUUUUUCUCUACCUUCUUUUUCUCGGUCUCAGUUUAUAAAAGAGAAAGGUAUGCCUUGUCUGUGGUUGGGUAAAGAAGAAUGCUAGCCAGGUGUAGAGACCCCAUUGAAGAGGGAUCAGAGAAUAAUAGGUAAUAUUAUUAGAAGAUUCUCCACUUAGACCCCAGAACUUAGCUUUGGCCUUCCCUCAACCAACUUCAGGAAAUGGCUGAGAUUCCAGAUCUGGGAGGAAAGGAGUCAUAAACAAUUUUGCCUGCCUCUGAGAGGAAAAAAUAGAUGUUUUGAAGGAUAGAAGAGAGGGAGGGUAUAAAGACUUUAGGAAUUAUUUCAAUUUCAUGCUGAGAAGACAUGACUGCAAACUCUAACUGUACUAAAUAUAGACGAUAUUGUAUAUAGACAUAUAUAAAUAUAUAUUUUAUAGGUAACCCUCCCAAGUCAAUGAAUCUCCCCACUCCAUCAUACUACGUAUUCUUGGUCUUUCCCUGGAAGCUUGGGGUCUGGGAGUCACACACAAAAAAAAAAAUCAUCACCUUUCCCUUUUUCACUAAAACUUCCAUCUAGCUCCACCAAACUCAUCAUAUUUUGUCACCAAUCUCCAUGUUAUGGUACCAUGGGGCUAUGUUACUGCUUCUCCUCCCUCUUCGUCUCCCCCCCCCCCCACUUCCUUCUGCUUCUGAAAGAGAUGACCUCAGGAUUAAUGGGUUUAUGGUUCAAGCACUUCAAGAAGAAUAUUUAGAAAACUAAAGUUAAAAGAUUAAUGGUCACAGAAAUACAAAAUUUUGAGGUGGAAAGGAACAUUGGUAACAAAAAAAACCAUUCUUAGAAGGGUUCCCAUUACAAAAUCAAGUGUCAUCCAGCCUCUCUUUAAGAUCUUCAUUGAAGAUCUUCAGUGAUCUUACCUCCCAAAGCAGCCCAUUUCACUUUUGCAUAAUUCGAAUCAGUUUUUUUUCCCCUUAACAUUAAACCUACUUACCUUUUCCCCAACUUCCACCCACUACUCUUAAUUCUGCUCUCUUGGAUGUUAGGGUUAGCAUCAGAGUUAGUGGAUGGGGAUGGGGAGUGAAGGAGGGCAGGUCAAGGCAAAGAUUAGAGUAUAAGGGCAAGCCUAAAAGAUCAAGGUUAGAGAAUUUGACUCCUCCUGUCCCUUUCCUUAGUACUCCCAAGGAGGUUAGUCCCUGUAACUGGGCCAGGCAGGAAGUAACAAUUUCCUCCAUGCUGCUUCCCUCUUUGGGCAGGAUUCAUGGUUACAAACAACCGGUGCCCCGCCCAGCCAUCCUCCUCCCUUUCCUCUUUCCCCCUCCCUCAAUGAGCUCAGACCAGCUGGACCGACUGGAAAGAACAGAAGGGUCUAGUAGAACCAGGGGUCCCUUGGGUCCUGGGUGGAGAAAUGAGACCAGGAAUGAACACACAAGGAACGAGAGUCCCAGGGGCUGCCUUGGCCAUGUUUUUCCUGCUCCUAUUUAUUACAGGUGAGUCUGGACUGAUGGAUAGAGCCCCCUCCUCCUUUUUUCCUUUUUUUUUCUCUAGUCUCUCAUAUAUUUGUCUUUUGACCAAACCCUGCUAAAGAAGAGAGGUGAAGGAUUCUAUUGUCCAGAGGUAGCUCUGCUUGGGAAGUUGAAGAAGAAUAUAUGGCCUACUAAGUUCCAGACAACAAUGAGGGGGGGUGGGAUGGAUAGUUUUAUAACCCAAGGAUUUGUUAUAUACUGAUAGUAAAUGCACAUAUAUGAAGAUUACAUACAAAUGAGAAAUAUGGUAACAUCUUAGCAGAGAACUCAUUUGAGUUCUACUGCAGCCUUCUUUACCUAGAUACUACGGUCAAGGUCUCCCCACCCCAAAUCCUUCUUUAUCCUGAGGACCUGUCCAUCAGAUGGUUAAAACUUAAAUAGCUAAACUGUCAAGCUUUAGACCAGCCCCCUUCUACCUAAAUAGGAAGCUACUUAGCAUUCCACUCCCCUUCCCAUUUUCCCUCUGGUUUACACUACCUUCCCUCCUCUUACAUCCCAUAGUCAGAAGCCAGAACUGCUUUGACCAAGCCCUUCAAUCAAACCUAACUUAACAACUUAGAGCUAUCAGCAAGUAUUCUUUUCUAUUUGUGGUUUAUGAGAGCCAAGGCAAGAAAGACACAUGGGGAGCAGAGGAUCUUGAGGUAGAAGGGAGCAUGGAAACCAAAAGAAUGCAAAAGGUGGAGCAGGAAGGCCUGUUUGAUGAGAACCCUAGAUCAAGAAAGCAGAAGAUGGGUGUCUGAAUGGAAAGGGUAAAUGAAGAAUAGGAAAAUUUUCAAAAUUUCAAAUUUACAGGUACAUUUGGUAGUAAUAAUAGCUGAUAUAGAACCUUGUGGAGGUGUAAAUGAUUCCAGAUUAUGGAGAAAACUUUUCCAUAGUCCUUCAUAUGGAUUUCUACAUGACCAGGAUGUUGCAGCAGUGUUAGGAGAGUGAGUUGGGAAUUUGGAUCACUGAGCCCAAGGUCUCCUAGAAAAACAAUAGGCAGGCUUUGAUUCUAGAGUUAUGAUAUCAUUGGUAAUUUUAAGCCACAACUGUAAAGGAUUUAUGGAGAUCUACAGCAAUGAAAGGAUUCUGCCCUGAAUCCUUUUGUUUUUACCAUUUUAACCAAUUUAGGUAUUUAACACCCCAUUAUACCCUCAUCAUUUACAUAUCUCUGGAUUUUUGCUUCUACUCUAAGUAUCUAUAUUGUCACACAUCUGCCCUAUUGACAAGGAAAGGGUAAAGUUUACAAUGUGCUUAGCAGAGUUUGAGAAUUAUCAGAUUGUUAAAAAAAAAAAAAAUCAACUGACUGGUAGAAUUUCCUAACCCUAAGUUUCCUAAUAAAAUCUAGUCUCUUGGUCAUUUUA